GAAACCGUGUUUACCCCCGUGGUAGAAACUGUGGUGAUUACAUAUACUGCACAAUCCAGUGGAGAAUCAGGGAUUGCAUGUCCGAGUAUCAGUCCGACUAACACAAGUUGUGUAUUCACCAACCCACGGCAAGACAACUACAGUAUUACUCUAACAAUCUCAAAUAUAAUUGGUACUUCUAUGGCAUCCAUAUCUGCCAAAACCGAACUAUCAAAACCACUGCCUCCAAAAAAUCUAACGAAGGUUUCUGGGGGGCCAUCCUCCACCACUAUUAUCUGGGAACCACCAGAA